CAAUGAUAUAAUUUAUUACACAUUUUGCAAUAAUUCCAUACGUCAUUGACAUUCUUGGAAUAUUUAGUUAGAAAUGUUUGAGGAAAAAUUCGUGCCGAUAUCAUAUGAUUCUCUAUUAAAAUCAAAGAUAAAGAAAGAUCAAAAGUAUUCUCUAAUAAUAGAAAUAUGAUAACGAAUGUAUUUGUUUAAUGAAUUGAUAUAUACAUAUAUUCGAGGUUCUCUAAACAUGAAUACUGUAAGAUCAAUAGUUAUACAAUGGCUUCAUAGAAAAUAUUUACCAAGAAUUCAGGUUCACAAUACUUUAUACGUUUCGGUAAUUCCAUGGAAGCAACAGUUAAGAUUUUAUGCAGAUUAUCCAACCCAUGUAAAAGUACAGUUUCCUACAUUAUCAUCAACUGUGGAAACAAGUACCAUUGUCAGUUGGUUCAAAAAGGAAGGUGAUAAAUUGAACAAAGGUGAUUUACUCGCUAAAAUUAAAACUGAGGAGGAAACAAUAAUCUUUGAAACACCGGAUGAAGGAUACUUAGCAAAGAUCAUAGUACCUGCAGGAACAAAGAAUGUUUGUACUGGUAAAUUAAUUUGUAUAAUUGUGCCAGAUAAAGAUAGCGUUGCUGCCUUCAAAGAUUUUGAAGAUUCUCCAUCCUCGAUUGUUCCUGUUCCAAGAACAAUUGCCUCUACAUUACCUUCUGUCCAAAAAAAACCAAUAAUGUCGUUCUUCGUCGCUGCAGGGGCAUUCGUUAUUUUCCUUUUUUGGUCUGUAAUAUUUAGCAUCAAAGAUAUAUUCAAAUCCUUGAUCCCAUUGAAAUAUAAAAUGAAAAGCAUCGACGGGGAAAUCAUUCUGGUGACUGGUGGUGCUGGUGGUAUAGGAAAGCUAAUCUGCCUCAUGUUGGCCAAUCUCGGUGCUAUCGUUGUCGUCUGGGACAUUAAUAAGGCUGGUAUGGAAGAAACUGUUAAGUUGGCGAGGACCGCGGGAGGUACUUGUUAUGGUUAUGUUUGCGAUUUGUGCGACAAGGAAGAUAUUUACAAGAAAGCGGAACUAGUUAAGAAGGAAGUUGGAAAGGUUACUAUUUUAAUAAAUAACGCCGGCGUGGGACGCAGAUUCAAGUUCUUAGAUGUGACUGACAAACUUCUUAAACGAACGAUAGACGUGAACGUGAUGAGUCACUUUUGGAUGACGAAAGCGUUCUUACCAUCGAUGCUGGAAGAUAACAAAGGUCAUAUUGUAAGUAUCGCAAGUUUAGCUGGAUUUGUAGGAGUACCGUAUUUUGUGGAUUAUUGCACCUCAAAAUUCGCUAUAAUCGGAUUCGAGGAAGCUCUUCACAUGGAGUUAAUUGCUGAUGGAUAUGACAUCAAUAUGACCGUGAUAUGUCCGUUUUUCAUUUCAAGUACUGGCAUGUACAGUGAAGUUUGUCCUAAAUUUUUACCGAGGCUUUUGCCGAAUAAAGUGGCGGAUCGAGUAGUGACUGCUUUGAGAUGCAAUGAAAAACUCGUUAUAAUUCCUGGUUACAUACGCUUUCUCGUUGCUACAAAAUGGUUUUUUCCAUGGUCUAGCGUAGUUAUGUUCGUACAAAAUUUAUUCAAAAACACAACAAAUACACCGAACAUUACUAGUCGUAAGAAAAAAAAAAUUACUCCAAGAACUAAAGAUCCAGACACCUGAGCUAUUCAUCAACAAUUAACAAGAUGUAUCUCAGAAAAGAAAUCUUAAUCGACAUGAUUGACAACUUCGCAAUAUCCAACUAUUUUCAAUUGCAUUUUCUUAAUAAAUAACGUGCAGCUGUGUGUGAGAGUUAUGAAGAGAAUAUUUAACGAAUAUUAUAUGAAAACAAUAUGUUAGUAUAUUGGGAAACUCGAUUUUAAUACGAGUUUUAACUUGGAGUUUGUCAUGCAAGAUAAAUCUUAAGAAACAAAGAUUUUUAGAAUUAAUAUUGGAAUGUCAAGGGAUAGUGAUAGAAGUUAAGUAAAAUAUGAGUAAUCUAAAUCUUAUUAUUUAUUAUUUAUUUAUAAGUAUUGUAUUGUGUCUUUUAAAAAAAAGUCAAAUACUUAGCUAAUUAAUCAUUGAUCAAGACCAAAUUUGAUUAGUUUGUAAGAAAGAUUGUACUUGAAAAGAAUCUUGCAAAAUGUCAAUGAAAAUUCGUAUAUUUUAAUAUUAUUGAUUACUAUUUUUACUUUAAUCUUUUGUUAUUUUGUAACACAAUGU